GGGACGCCGCCAACUUCUUCACCCUCUCCUCCACCUCUCCCGGCAUGCUGCCACCGGACUGCAACCCGCGACCGGUGCUGCUGGCGCUGCAGGACGCAGUGGCAGCAGCAGCAGCGCACCAGAAGGCUGCCUCCAAGAAGCAGCCUGGCAAGCGAGCCGCCGGCGCCACCGCAGCAGCAGGUGGCGAGGCUGCCGUAGGGAGCGCCAAACGCCGCAAGGGCGGUGCUACUGCCGCUGGCGCUGGUGCAGCAGCGGACGGCUCGGCGGCAGCCUCGGCGGCGCAGCAGGCGGCCGCGGCUCGCUGGGGUAAGCGGCCGCUGACUGCUGCUGCCGCUGCUGCCGCUGUGCAGGAGGUGAUCACCAUCGAG